GUAUGAAAAUGGAGAGAAAACACAUGUCUGCCUUUUCUCUGUAUCAAACACUGCAGUCAGAUGAACCCCCUCCUGCUAAAAAACCCUCUCCACAGGUGGACAUGAUAAAGAAAAAAGACAACGAGGCUGCAGCUGCUAAUGUAAACCCAUCUAAAUUAUCUAAAGCUCAGCUGAAAGCAAAGAGGAGGAAAACGAAGAAGCAGCUUCUGAAGCAAUCUCGGAGAGAAGAGAGGCUGCAGCCUCAAACAGCUGGUCCUGUGAAGCGUGUUACUGGAAGUUCUUUAGAGGCUGUUAUGUCUAAGAUGACAAAAGUCAACAACAGCAGAGUAAGGGCAAGACAUCUCUUUGAGUGGCUCAUCAAACCUGUUCCUGAAGCUGAUUUUUUCAGAGACACGUGGGAAAAGAAGCCCAUUUUUGUUCAACGCAACAAUCCAGAUUACUACAAAGGACUGUUUUCAACAGCUGAGUUUGAUCGCAUAUUGAGAGAGGAAGAUGUUCAGUUUGGAGUAAACCUGGAUGUGACCAGCUACAUUAACGGAAAGAGGGAGACGCACAAUCCUCCAGGUAGAGCUCUGCCGUUCACCGUGUGGGACUUCUACGAGAGCGGCUGUUCCAUCCGGAUGCUGAAUCCUCAGGCGUUCUCCUCCACGGUGUGGAGCGUUCUCUCCAUCCUCCAGGAGCAGUUUGGCAGCAUGGCGGGAGCUAACGUAUACCUGACCCCACCUGGAACACAGGGCUUCGCUCCACAUUAUGACGACAUCGAGGCCUUCGUGGUUCAGCUGGAGGGGAAGAAACACUGGAGGGUUUACAGCCCAAGGUCAGAAGGUGAAGUCUUGCCUGUACUUUCAAGUCCAAACUUCGACCAGUCAGAAGUUGGGAAGCCGAUCCUGGAUGUGGUGCUGGAAGCUGGAGAUCUUCUUUACUUCCCUCGAGGAUUCAUCCAUCAGGGCAACUGCCUACCGGAUGCACAUUCACUGCACAUCACCAUCUCCUCAUACCAGAAGAACAGCUGGGGGGACCUGCUGCAGAAGGUUGUUCCCGCUGCGUUAGAGAUCGCCAUGGAGGAGGACGUGGAGUUCAGACGUGGUUUACCUUUAGAUUACUUGACGUACAUGGGAGUCCAGCACUCUGAUAAGAAGAACACCCGCCGCAAGGAAGAGUUCCUCGCCCACAUCGAGAAUCUGAUGAAGAAACUACCGGAGUAUGCCCCGGUGGACGCUGCGGUCGAUCAGAAAGCCAGGGAAUUCUUUCAUGACUGUCUGCCUCCAGCGCUGACUCCAGAUGAACUGGCCACCAGCGUCCAAGGAGCUCCAGCUAGAUGGGAGGGCGGAAACGUUAAGGACGUGGGUGUUCAAGUGACGACGCAGACCCAAAUCAGAAUUCUUCGAGCAGGUUGUGCCAGGUUGGGCAGCGAUGGAAACACGGUUUACCUUUACUACACGGCAGAGAACUCCAGAGUUUAUCACAAAGAGGAGCUCAAGAGUUUAGAAAUCCAAACAGAGCACACGGAUGCUAUCGAGUUUCUGAUCCAUUCGUAUCCCAACUUUGUGACUGUAGGAAACCUGCCCUGCGAUUCUGCUCAGGACAGGGUUGCUUUGACAGAACUGCUUUUUGAGAAGGGGAUUAUCCACACUGCAGAACCUCUUUGGUCAUCACCACAGAUGGCUUAAUUACACUGAGAGCAU